CCAAAAGCAGAACCUUUAAUAAUAGUACUCUUUUGAGCUGAGUUUGAUAACCUUCUUCUCCGCCAUCUCCUCCACGGCAUGGGCGUAUCCCGCCACCGACACCACCACCACCACGUCGUAGCUACCUUCACCUUUCUCCUACUCGCUUCCGCUUCACUCGGCACUCGUUCUCAACUCGACGGCAGGUUCCGGGAGAGAGAAGGGAGCAAGAGGAGAAGUGGGUCGGGGGUGUGGGACCGGUUCUUGUCUCAGAAACAACUAAGUGGACCGGGCUCUCAACCGCCCUCUUGUAGAUCCAACUGCGGGAGUUGCUCGCCGUGUAAGGCGGUUCACGUCCCGGUUCAACCGGGUCUGGCGAUGCCAUUGGAGUACUACCCCGAAGCUUGGCGUUGCAAGUGUGGGAACAAGGUUUUCAUGCCCUAAAAACUAAAGGCAAAGUAAUAAUACACUGAAAUCUAAGGGUUUUUUUUUGGUUUUCUCAAAUAAUAAACAA